AUCCGUCCGAACGCCUCUUAUAAGUCGCACUGUUUACCCUCGCGCGCUUUGACCUAAAUUCAUUGCAAACAUUUAUUAUAUAGAAGCUGUUACAAGAAUAUUCUAGAAAAUGGAGACACCGUCUCAGAACCAGGAGAUCCUGUCCACUUCGCCUAUGGAUACGCCAAAACUUAUGCAUGGAGGCAAUUACAUUGCUGAAGGGAACGAUUCAAACAAAUCGACAUGGCUGCUUUUCUCCCCCGAGACACCCGAUGAAGCUGGUUCCCUGGCAAGAUUCUUGAGCAUCUUCUCCACUCACGGUGUGAAUCUCAGCCAUAUCGAGUCUCGUUCCUCAGCUAGGAGACCUGGUUAUGAGUUCAUGGUGGAAUGCGAGCACGGAUCCGGUGAUUUUGGUGCUGUUUUGGCAGAGUUAAAGAAAAGUACUGGUUACUUGAACAUUAUUUCAAGAAACUACAAAGACAAUAGAUCCGCCGUACCCUGGUUCCCGAGGCGCAUACGUGAUUUGGACAGAUUUGCGAAUCAGAUUCUUUCGUACGGUUCAGAAUUAGACGCAGACCACCCUGGCUUCACGGACCCAGAGUACCGAGCUCGCAGGAAAUACUUCGCUGAUAUCGCCUAUAAUUACAAGCACGGCCAGCCCUUGCCCCAUGUUAACUACACGAAAGAUGAAAUCGCAACAUGGGGCGUUGUAUUUAAAAAACUCACAGAUUUAUAUCCAACCCAUGCUUGUAAGGAGCAUAACCACGUUUUUCCAUUACUGAUCGAAAACUGUGGAUACAGGGAAGACAAUAUCCCACAACUUGAAGAUGUGUCCAAUUUCCUCAAAGAUUGUACGGGAUUCACUCUUCGUCCAGUAGCGGGUCUACUGUCGUCAAGAGAUUUCCUGGCUGGUCUGGCUUUCCGGGUGUUCCAUAGCACCCAGUAUAUAAGGCACCACUCCCGCCCACUCUACACGCCGGAGCCAGACGUGUGUCACGAGCUGCUAGGUCACGCUCCGUUGUUUGCUGAUCCAGCUUUUGCACAGUUCUCCCAAGAAAUUGGUCUGGCGUCGCUCGGAGCACCAGAUGACUAUAUAGAAAAACUUGCCACAUGCUUCUGGUUCACCGUGGAAUUUGGUUUAUGUCGUCAAGAGGGUGAACUCAAAGCUUACGGUGCAGGACUGUUGUCAUCGUUCGGUGAACUACAGUACUGUCUCUCCGAUAAGCCGGAAUUGAGAGAAUUUGAGCCAAGUAUUACAGGAAUGCAAAAGUACCCCAUCACUGAAUAUCAACCAGUUUACUUCGUAGCAAAUAGCUUCGAAGACGCAAAGGAGAAAAUGAUCAAAUUCGCUCAAACGAUACCUCGUGACUUCGGUGUCAGAUACAACCCAUACACCCAGAGUAUCGACAUCCUUGAUUCACCGCGGCAAAUGAGGGACCUUUUUAAACAAAUUCAUCAGGAAAUGGAGCUAUUAGUCAGCACGAUGGACAAAUUGUAGAUUAGAUAUGUAUAUACAUUUCAUUAUAUAAUGGAUCGUAUGAAAGGCUGGAAGAAUGUAAUAUAUUUUUUAAUUUGUCAGUAACUAAAGGAGUAUAUGCUUAAGAGCCAUUCAAAAAUAACUCAAAAAGUUGUUAUCAGAUCUCAAUGAAAUUUAAAUGUGACCUCAUGAUAAAUAUCAGCUUUCGAU